AUGUCAAGUCUGGCCAGACACCUGAACACGGUGCUGAAGCUCCCCGUGGUGUUUGCUGGCACACUCCUGCUAUCUGCACUCCCCACUGUGCACAUGGAAGGGAUGAAUACAGAAUGGGAAUCUGCAAUUAGAGUUGGUGUGCUGGAUUGUGGGGAAGAAGAGAACUAUGAGACGUGCAAAGAAUAUGGAAUUCACUAUUACCCAACUUUCAGGUACUUCAAAGCAUUUACAAAGCAGUUUACUACUGGAGAAAAUUACAAAGGAGCAGAUCGAGAGCUGCAAACAGUUCGUCAGAUGAUGAUUGACUUCCUGCAGAACCAUUCCCAGGAGGUGAGGCCACCUGCUUGCCCACCACUGGAUCCAGUUUUGUCCAGUGAUAUUACUUCUCUUUUUGACAAGAGCAGCCAUCAUUACACUGCCAUUGUGUUUGAAAGUAACAGCUCCUAUGUUGGACGAGAGGUUAUCUUAGACUUGGUCCAGUAUGAGAACAUUGUUGUGAAGAGAGCGUUGGAUUUGGAUAAGCCUUUUCUUGAGAAGCUGGGUGUUACCUCAGUCCCUUCCUGCUAUCUGGUGCAUCCCAAUGGCUCUCAUGGAUUAGUUAACAUUUUGAAGCCUCUACGGUCUGUCUUUUCCUCGUAUUUAAAGUCACUGCCAGGUGUAAGGAAAAAACUUCUGUUGCCACUUCAGCUGCCUGUUCAAGAAAACAAGGAGGAAAAAAUGGAAAUCAAGGUGUGGAGAGAGUUUGAUAAAUCUAAGCUGUACAUGGCUGACCUUGAGUCAGGAUUGCAUUACCUGCUCAGGGUAGAACUUGCCACGCACAAGACACUUGAGGGAGCUGAGCUCAAGACCUUCAAGGAUUUUGUUACUGUCUCUGCCAAGCUUUUUCCUGGCCGUCAGCCUGUGGUAAAGUUGUUAGAGACCUUGCAAGAGUGGCUGGUGAGCCUUCCAUUAGACAAAAUCCCUUAUGAUGCCAUCCUAGAUCUGGUCAACAACAAAAUGCGGAUUUCUGGGAUAUUUCUUACUAAGAAGGUUCAGUGGGUGGGAUGUCAGGGCAGCAGACCAGAGCUGAGGGGUUAUACCUGUUCCCUUUGGAAGCUGUUUCACACCCUCACUGUUCAAGCUGCCCUGCAAUCAAAAGCUUUGCUAAAUACAGGUCUUGAAGACAAUCCCCAGGUCGUACUUCAGGUCAUGCAGAGAUAUAUCCAGCACUUCUUUGGGUGCAAGGCCUGUGCUCAGCAUUUUGAAGAAAUGGCUAAAGAGUCCAUGGAUGCUGUUAAAACCUUAGAUGAGGCAGUUCUCUGGCUCUGGAAGAAGCACAACGUCGUGAACAGCAGGCUGGCAGGUGAUUUGACUGAAGAUCCAAAAUUUCCCAAAGUUCAGUGGCCAACUCCAGACAUUUGUCCUGCAUGUCAUGAAGAAGUUAAAGGAUUACACAGCUGGAAUGAAGCCCAAGUUCUACAGUUCAUGAAGGACCAUUACAACAGCAAAAAUAUUCUGUAUAAAUACACUGAAAGCCAAACUGACUCCAGUGAAACUGAGCAGGAAGAUCCAAGGGAGAUGGAAGACAAAAGCCUCCUGAAGAACCCGAGUGGAAACAGAGAAAACAGGAUCCAGGAUAAAGAAAACAGACCAGGUUCUGAAUCGAAGGUGUUGAAUAAGCUGAUAGGAAAUCAUGGACCUGUCAAAGACAGUGGGAAAGGUGCAGCUGGAUCAGCCAACCUUAAAGAGACGAAGCAGGCUGUGUCUUUCUUAGGGAUUGGGUUUUCAAACCUAGACAUGAGUCUGUGUGUCAUACUGUAUGUGGCAUCAUCCUUGUUUUUAAUGAUCAUGUACUUUUUUUUCCGAGUGCGGUCGAAGCGGUGGAAGGUGAAGAAUUAUCGCUCGUCUGUGUAG